UGAAGGUAGCAUAGCAUAGUGGGAAAAUGGCGGAGGCAGCAGUGACAUUCCUACUGGAUAACGUGCAGAAGCUGCUGGUGGAGCAGAUGCAUCUGAUAUCGGGGGCGGAGAAGGAGCUGAAGCAGUUGCAGAUCGAGCUGGAGUUGAUGAACGCCUUCUUGAUGGAGUAUGCCGACAAGCGGGAGAAGGGUCGGGUCUUCAUACAGUUCGAGAGGCAGAUCAGGGAGGCCGUCUACGAGGCCGAGGACAUCCUCGACGCCUGCCUCACCCAAAAGGCCCAAUCCGGCGCCACCACCAUUCGCAACUUCAUGCAUCUUCAUGACUUGGCCGAGAAGGUGAACGAGCUUAGGCUGCAGCUCCAGCCUAUAUUUGAUCGUGCCAUUAAGGGCUUGAACGCACUCCCCAUCGCCCAUCCAUCUGCUGCAACCCCCGAUGACAAUAAAUUCAAAAAGACACAAUUGUUGAGAGAAGACAAUGUAGUGGGUUUCGCAGACGAGGAAGCCACUCUGAUGAAAUACUUGAAGGAAAAAACAGAGCAGCUCGACGUGAUCUCCAUCGUGGGAAUGCCCGGCCUCGGCAAGACCACUCUCGCCUGGAAAAUCUACCGCGACCCCAAAAUCCAAUUCGAGUUCCCCACCCUGAUUUGGGUGUACGUCUCUCAAGAGCUGAACGUGAGAGAGGUGUUCCUCACCAUCCUCAAGCACUUCACCCGCAACGACAUGUCCGGCAAGGGGGAAUGGGAGCUGACCCAGCUGGUCCGCUCCCAUCUCGACAAGGGAAGAUUCCUGCUCUUCAUGGACGACGUGUGGAGCGUCGAGGACUGGCGACGGAUCGAGGCCGCCCUGCCCAAGAGCAACAAAUUAGGCAAGGUGUUGAUAACGAGCCGUCACGUGGGCGUCGCCACGCAGACGAACUGCAGCAGGGAUCCCCACAAGCUGCGGUUCAUGACCUUCGAGGAGAGCUGGGAGCUCCUGCAGUUAGAGGUGUUUGGUAAGAACAAUCCCAGCCCCAAGGAGCUCGAGGGGCUGGGAAUGCACAUAGCCAGGCAGUGCGGCGGCGUGCCGCUUGCCGUGGUGGUGAUCGGAGGAACCCUCGUCGAGAAAUGCGACAACAAGAGAGAUUGGGAGAAGAUCUCCGACAGCGUGAGCAUCUACGUGCAGGAUGAUAAGCGCACCGAAAGCAUCAUCUCCCUCAGCUACAACAACCUCCCUCAUCACCUGAGGGAUUGCUUCCUGUACCUCGGGAUGUUUCCCGAGGAUACGGAGAUCAGCGCGUGUAAGCUCACGCGCCUGUGGAUCGCCGAGGGAUUCAUACAGCAGAGGAGGGGGCGGAGCCUGGAGGAGGUCGCCGAGGACAACCUCGACGACCUCGUGGCCCGGAACUUGGUCAUGGUCGAGAGGGCUAAGGCCAACGGCGACGUCAAGACAUGCCGCGUCCACGACAUGAUCCGGGAGUUCUGCCAGAACGAGGCGUCGUUCGCGAAUAAGAAUCUGUUCCAGGAGGUGAAGAAGAGGCGCCACGGCGUGUUCGACCCGGCCGUCACGGAGAUCGUCAAGCGCCGCCGCCUCUGCAUCCAUUCCCACGUGCCGGAAUUCCUCCGCAGGAAGCCGAGAGGCCCCGGGGUCCGCUCGUUCGUCUGUUUCUCCAAGGAAACGAUCGCGCUGCUGCCGGAGUAUACCCCGUCGAUCCCCGACGCCUUCCAUUUGCUCCGCGUUGUCGACGCCACUCCGCUCAAGUUCACCAAAUUCCCCCCCAAGCUCACCAAGCUGAUUCAUCUGAGGUACAUCGCUCUCUCGGGGAACGAAUUCAAGGCUCUGCCCGAGGCACUGUCGAAGCUGUGGAACCUACAGACCGUGAAAAUCGACACUGCCUCGCGCGAGCUGGAGUUCAAGGUCGACAUCUCGAAGAUGAUGCAGCUGAGGCAUCUGAAGACGAAAGCAGCGAUCAAGCUCAAGGAGGCGAGGGGCGAGGGCGGGGAGAAUCUCCAGACGCUGAGCAGGCUGAUGGCGGAGUGCUGCAACGAGGAGCUCUUCACACGGGCAUCCAACCUCAAGAACCUCGGGAUCCGAGGGGAUCUCAACGCACUCGUCGACGCCACCUACCUGGGGAAGCUGGAGCGGCUCGAGAAGCUGAAGCUGGUGCACGACGUGUUCCCCUCCACCGCCGACAAGGCGCUGCAUCGCGUGCCGCACUCGCACGGCUUCCCGCCCAAUCUGAGGAUGCUGACGCUCUCCUCCACCUACCUGGGGUGGCAGCACAUGGCGGCGCUGGGGAGGCUGCUCAAUCUGCAGGUGCUCAAGCUCAAGGAGAUGGCGUUUAAAGGGACGUUGUGGGAGGCUCAGGGCGGCGGCUUCCCGCAGCUGGAGACGCUGCACAUCGAGCGCACCGAGCUGGAGAUAUGGACCGCGGCUUCGGCUGAGCCGUUCCCGAAGCUCAAGAAUCUGAUACUCAAGAACUGCGAGAGGCUUCAAGAGAUCCCGUGUGUGGUGGGGAAGGGGGAAAGCCUUCAGCUCGUCGAUAUUGAACGAGUGUCGCACACGCUGCUUCAAUCUGCAAAGAAAAUCGAGGUGGAAAAGCAACAAAUGCAAGGUGGGGAUGUGAGAGGUAGAAGGGCUGGUGGAUUUAAGCUCAAGAUUUCACCAGGGGAUGCAUCAUCAUCAUCAUCAACCACAAACUAAUCCAAUGGCUAGGUUUAUAAAGAAACAAUAUUAUUUGUGGAUAGAUUAAUCUCUUGAGCAUUUGGGAUGGCCAAGCUGUUAUUUUUUAAAUCGAGGUUAUUUAAUAGGGAAAACAAACGCAUCAAUGCCGGUGGCAAAAAGAUGCUGAGAGGAGAACUACUUUGCUUUUCCUUUUGAAAUGUGGAAUCAUAAUUGCUGAAACUGAGGGAGCCAGGAGCAUAAUCAAAUGAGUUUGGAUCAAUAAAAUGCUUUUAGUUUUGCAUAGUGGCCUAUUUAUAGUAAAAUGUUGCUCGUGUUCCAUCAUUUUUCUUGAUGCAGUUGCAUAUUUUAGUUGAUUAAUUAUAGCACAUGUUGAUUGUGGUUUUAGGCUUAUGCUCUCUCUCUCAUGAAUUGUGUUGAGGAUAGGAAAUAACGUUGAUAUGGGCACUUAAUUUGUAAGAUUUAGAUUCCAUUCCACAGCUUCACUUGGUGUAGUUCUGUACCAGCUCUUUUAAAUAUGUACUAUUUUCCUUCAAAUUAUCAUCAGAGUCUUCUUGAUCCA